AUGGCUGCAGCAUUUAUGGACCACUGGGAAAUUGUUGACCUGCUACUCGAUCAUGGGGCUAAAAUCUCCGUAGGAAACCGACUCAGCUGGGGCCACAGCGCUACAUCUGGCACUAUCCAAUGGUCAAAAGACAGCAGCCCACGAGCGAAGACGGUUCAGACGAUACGGAGAGGAAGCGAUCUGACGUUGGCGGACGCCCAUGGACGAGUUUGCAUCCACCUGGCCGCUUAUCACGGCGAUCGAAAUCUGAAGUUCUUGAUAGGUGCCACAUGUAUUGACGUACAAGAUUCUCUCGGUCGAACUCCACUAAUGCUUGCUGCAAGUCAGGGGCAAUUGGAAGCAGUGGAUCAGUUGACCAAAAAUGGUGCUUAUAUUGAUUGUAUCGAUUCGGAUGGUCGGACAGCGUUCCAGUUGGCAGCCAUACAUGGACAUCUACCUGUCGUCGAUCUUCUUUUAGCACUUGGCGCUGACGAAGCCCAUAAAGAUAACGAUGGUGCCGUAGCGCUGCACUACGCUGUGGCUCACGGCGACGUGGCGCUCUGUAAGGCUUUAGCCACCUCGGCCACCGUGCGAGCUACAGAUCGGGCUGGAAACCAUCCGCUUAUCAAUGCCUGUCAAGGUGACAAUGAAGAGGUGGUCCAAGAACUCAUAAAUCUCGGAGCCAACGUAGAGCAACUAUCCCUAAACGGUCAGAGCGCAUUACGGGUAGCCGCGCUGUCCGGCAACACAAAAAUUGUCCGACUGCUGGCCGAACAUAUUACUGACUGGGAACAGCAGGACAUGGAUGGCACUCCACUUGUACAUACAUUGCUUAUCAAUAAACAGACGGCAAUGGCUGAAUUGCUGCUGACGCUUGGGGCAUUUAUCUCGGCUCGAGACGCCCAUGGACGGGACAAGCUGUGUCCAUGGGUGGUGCAGGUGUGCGCCAUUAAUGAUAUGUGUGGUGCUCGGAUGCUUCGACGUCUCGCGGCAUCGUUCGAAGCAGUGGAUUCUGGUGGUCGAACACCGCUUCUGACGGCCGUCUGGAAUUGUCAUCUGGAAAUGGCCGCCUACCUGCUCGAAACUGUCGGCGUCAAUCCGAAAACGGCGGAGAGGGGUCAGCAAGCGGCUCAGCUGAUUCGUCGGGGUUUGGCAGCGUGCCAAACUCGCCAUUGGAUUUCAGAUCUUUGGGGCGAAAGUCGCUAA